AUGCACUGCCCUCGCCCUCAAUCGGAUUCUGGAAUUACGGCCCUCUAUCUCCUGCUAGCCGUUGCCCUCGUUCUCUCAACAUAUGCCUCGACCGCGGUUGCAGUGGAUAGCAAGACUAGCGACGGAAAAUAUUACUGCGCUGAAGUGAAUGGUUGGAGUGCGGAUUAUUGCGAUAAAGCUUGGGCUGCGAUUGGGAGGUGCGCCACGAUGCGUAAUAACUACAAGAAAGAGUGCGAACCAAUGGGCAGUGCAUUCCUUGGCCUCUGGAGGUAUGCCAAGAAUCAGAUUGAUUGGGCGGCAUUCCGUCGACAGUUAGUGGUGGAGUGUACCAUCCUGCCAUCCCGCCAUCCCACGAGCGCCAUGCACACUGCCUUCGCUUCCUCUCUCUGUGCCGCCACUGCUGCCAUCGCAUCUGCCCUCCGAGACCAUCCUGUCCUGCUCUCACUGCAUCUCGCCCUCACCGCUGUUGACUCAAAAGAGUGUCACUGCUGCCAUCGCAUCUGCCUUCCGAGACCAUCCUCUGCUGCUCUCCCUGCACCUUGCCCUCUCUGCCAUUGCUAA